AUGGAGAACAUGAACGAAGGAAAUGAAGGGGAGGACAAUGCGAGAUCAGAGAGUUCAAACCACGAGGAGGGUGAGCGGCUGUCGAAUCAGGAGCAGAGUAUGGAUGUGGAAGUAGAGGGUAGUCCUGGGCGCCCGUCGGUGGACGAAGGGGAAUCCUUGACGAAGAGGGAGUUGUUCCGAAUCAUAGCUGACCAAGAUAGGGCCAUAGCCGCGCUUAGGAGGCCGUUGGAAGGAGAACGAAGCGAGGACAUGAUGAUGUAUAGUCCGGGAGUGAGAAAGCGAGAAAGGGGGGGGGGGAGACUUGGAGUCCAUGCAGCACGGACUUCCACAUCACGGUGA